CUAGGACACGUCUGCGUAGAGGAUCCGCCUCUCUGUUAGUUUGUUUCACUUCUUAAGAAAGAGGAAUUGUUCCCUGCUGAAGAUUAUUUUCCCCCAUGCAAAGACUAUAUGGCUAUACAAGAAGACUGACUUGAGUUGCUUCACUUUGUAAUCACUUAACCAUGCGGAUAUUUGAGCUGAACGUGGGAAAUUAGAUCGUCAGAGUUCAAAAUUUGACAUGGUUGGAUGUAUCUCGAAACAAACUGAAAUCUGCUAAACUGGGCACACAACCUCAGCUGCCAAACCUGGUGACCCUUAUUCUUUCUGGAAAUGAAAUUUCUGCACUGCAAAAGAAUGACUUCUCAUUCCUAAGUAAUUCCUCUGCAUUUCGGGUUCUGAUACUCUCGUCUCUGUCUCUUAAGAAGGUCGAGAAUGGCUGUUUCCAGGCUAUUUCUAGACUAUCUGACUUGGUUCUGGAUUGGAGCAGGCUCAGCACUCAGUUUACCACUAAUCUUUGUGAAGAACUUGCUGGCACAGCCUUGCGAAACCUUUCCCUUAAGAACACUUUCCAGGUGACACUCUCAGACACGACUUUUAAAGGUCUAGACAAGACUAACAUCACAGUGCUUGACCUCAGCUACAACACAAUGUCUAAGAUUGCUGAUGGUGCCUUUCAGUGGUUUCCCCGACUGGAAUUUUUAUCCCUGGAGCAUAACUCCCUUAGACACCUAACUAAGGACACCUUCAGUGGACUGGGAAACCUGAGGCAGCUUAACCUGCAGAAAGCACUGAUUAAGAGUCAUACAUCAUCCUUGCCAAUUAUUGAAGACUUCUCAUUUCACCAUUUAGUCCAAUUGGAGCAUCUGUGUAUGGCAAAUACUGCAUUCCGAGAGAUAACAGAGCACACCUUCUCUGGACUUCUGCACCUGAAGACACUGGAUUUAAGUUGGAGCAGCACAGGGUUGAAAACAGUCACAAACAAAACCUUUGCUUCUCUGCAAGAAUCACCACUCCUUGAGACUCUUAAUCUUACAGCCAUGGGUAUAAACAAGUUGGGGCCUGGUGCCUUCUCAAGUUUGGGCAACCUCACUACACUCCUACUUGGCCGAAACUUCAUUAAUCAGCAGUUGAGAGGGGAUGAGUUUGAGGGCCUAACUAGCAUUAAAGAGAUUGACAUGUCUAUAAACCAGCAAAGUAUUUCCCUUACAAAUACGUCAUUCAUCCAUGUCCCUACGUUGAGGACUCUAAAGCUAGGUCGUGCCCUAAAAGGGACCCUAGAUAUUGAACCAUCUCCAUUCAGGCCACUAGUCAACAUCACAGUUCUAGAUCUCAGUAAUAACAAUAUUGCAAACAUAAAUGAUGGCAUGCUGAGAGGGCUGUAUCAUCUGAAAGUGCUGAAAAUGCAGCACAACAACUUGGCUAGGUUGUGGAAGACGGCCAACCCUGGUGGUCCAGUGUUUUUCCUCAAGGAUGCCACAAAACUGUCUGUUCUGGAUCUGGAUUACAAUGGCCUAGAUGAGAUUCCACUUGAUGCUUUGCGUGGCUUCUCUGAGUUACAUGAGCUAAGUCUCCGUGGUAAUCUCUUGGAUCAACUGCAUGCCUCUGUUUUUGAUGACCUACAGUCUUUAAAGUAUUUGCAUCUUCAAAAGAACCUUAUAACGUCCGUCCAACGUGCCACGUUUGGUGUGCCGUUGUCCAACCUGACAGAACUUUACAUGGACCGCAACCCCUUUGACUGCACCUGCGAGAGCAUCCUGUGGUUUUCCGAGUGGCUUAACUCAACCAAUGCAAGCGUUCCUGGAUUUCCGCAAAGUUACAUCUGCAAUACCCCAAAUGCCUACUUUAACCGCUCCGUCAUGUACUUUGACCCAUUGUCCUGCAAGGAUAUGACACCUUUUAAGGCACUGUACAUCAUGACUAGCACAGCAGUUUUAAUGUUGUUAUUUACAGCUUUUCUGGUGCACUUCCAGGGAUGGAGAAUCCAGUUCUUCUGGAACAUAAUAGUAAACCGUAUGCUGGGGUCGCCGAAGGAUGAAAGCGUUACUGAAGGUAGAUAUGUGUAUGAUGCUUAUAUCAUUCACACUGCUAAGGACAGACCAUGGGUGGAACGAAGCUUGCUCCCCCUAGAGGAUGAAAAUUUUAAUUUUUUCCUUGAAGACAGAGAUGCAAUACCUGGCUUUUCUCAACUUAACACCAUUAUUGAAAACAUGGGACAAUCCAGGAAGAUCAUUUUUGUUAUCACAGAAAUGCUUUUAAAGGAUCCAUGGUGUAGGCAAUUCAAAGCACAUCAUGCACUUCACCAGGUAAUGGAGAACAAUCGUGACUCCCUGAUUCUGAUUUUCUUGCAAGAUGUAACUGAUUACAAUUUGAACCGCUCUCUGUAUCUUCGUCGUGGCAUGUUGAAACCUCGCUGUGUUCUCUACUGGCCUUUACACAGGGAACGUAUCCCAGCUUUUCAUCAGAAACUCCGCUCAGCAUUAGCCUCUUCCAACAAGGUUAAUUAGAAAUUAUUUUUCCAUAAUGUUUAUUUUGUGCCAGGUCCUCAAUAUUUGUACUACAGUCCUUACUUGGAUUCUCUGUUCCAUCACUUUAACAUUUCUUAACACAUGUACAGUUUAAAAGAAUUUUCAGGUCAGAUAAGGUGGAGCACUGGUUCCUUUCAAAUCCUGCAGACCAUGUCACCUACCAGAAGUUGCAUCCAAUGGCUUUGCAAGGAAGCUACCAAAUGUGACCUGACAAAUUAUUUUAAACAGAUAAAUUUACUGUGCUCACAUGAGAAGUUUCAUUACCUUUUUUUUUUUUUUUUUUUUUUUUAUCGUCUUUAGUAA